GACUCUGCUAGAAGAGAUGAAGAGCAGGUAUUCUCAAGAGCAGCAGCUAACAACUACAGCAACAACAACAACCACAACAACACAACUUCAAAGCAAAUCAAGAAGAACAAAAGGCUGCUGCAAGACCGGGCUCAGUGUGACGGCGAACGAGGAUGUUUUGGAUGUGCGGCUUGCGGCGCGUCUCUGCGCUUUCGUCCAUUCUUUCGGAUUUGGAAUAAAAUUGAUUCUACCAAAGCCGUGGAUCUCGUCACUUUCAGAGCAUCGUCGGUGGAGUGUAGAUAGUUGUCGACGGAGUUGUGCGGGUGGCCGGGAGCAGGGAAGGUGGACGGGGUGCUCAGAUCAAGGUCGGUCGGUGCACUGAUCUCUUUGAUAUCGUAGAUUCCAACUUAGAUUCCAACCUCCUCUGUUCUUCUUCACGAGUAAUUCCUCUUCUUUAUAAACAGUAUGAAUCCAGGACUGUAAACACACAGCAAAUGGAUAGACGGGCUCAACUUCAAGCGCAGAUCAGUCUCCUGCAACGCGAACUAGACUCCUUGUCCGUCUCUUCCUCACCUCCAUCCUCCUCCUCAUCCUCAGAUCCCUCCUCCUCCAUCCUCUCCCUCGACGAAUACACCCGCUAUGGCAGACAAAUGCUCGUCCCCGAACUCGGCAAACCCGGCCAACUCUCCCUCCGCGCCUCCUCCGUCCUCGUCGUCGGCGCAGGCGGCCUCGGUUCUCCCGCCCUUCUCUACCUUGCCGGCGCAGGCGUAGGCAGAAUCGGCAUCGUCGACCACGACACCGUCUCGCUCUCGAACCUGCCCCGACAAACUCUCUACACCGUCGCCGACGUCGGUCUCCUCAAGGUCGACGCGGCAGUUUCACACCUUCGCCAGCGCAACCCAUCGCUCGCGUACACCGCCUACCCGCACGCCCUCACGGCCGACAUCGCGCUCGAGAUCGUCGCAGGGUAUGAUGUCGUGCUCGACUGCACCGACUCGCCAAUGUCGCGAUACCUCCUCGGCGACGCCACCAGCAUCCUCGACAUCCCGCUCGUGUCUGCCUCUGCGCUGCGCACAGAAGCACAGCUCCUCGUCCUCAACCGCACACACUACGCAUCACCCGACCGCGCCGACGCGCCAUGCUACAGAUGUAUCUUCCCCUCGCCGCCCUCCUACGUCGACGCUUGCUCCGACGCCGGCAUUGUCGGUCCUGUAGUCGGCACCGCGGGCGUGCUGCAAGCUUUGGAAGCCAUCAAACUCCUGGCGGCGCGAGCACAUCCUGAGCUCUACGGCGAAAUCCCAGGCAUGCUUCUCUUCAACACCAUGAGCGCGCGACCGUUCCGCACGAUCCGCAUGCGCAGGCGGCAGCAGAGCUGUAAAGUCUGUGGCGCGCAGCCUGAAAUUACCAAACAAACAGUUGCAAAGUUCGACUACGCCGAGUUCUGCCAUACGGCACAGUCGUACCCCGAUAUGGCGCAGUACUCGAUCCCCGUCGCCGACCUCGCGCGGGUCCUCAACAAGCAGGAACAGGUUCAUCUGAUUGAUGUGCGCGACAAGACGCAGUUUGAAAUCUGCGCGUUGCCGGGGUCGAUACAUAUCCCUCUAUCCCAUUUCCUCUCCGGCAAGCUCAGUUCAGAACAGAUCGCGAUGCUGGAGGAUCAACGCACAAACUACAUCGUCUGUCGGUACGGCAAUGACUCACGCACGGCAGUUAAAUGGAUCCGCGAGAAUUUAAACGCGGAAAAGACGUUCAACGUAUGGGCACAAGAAUAG